AUGUUGGGUUCGUGGGGAAUUAAUUUCUCAGCAUCGCCAGAAAGCACGUCCUCGCUAUUGGGCACCGGCGAUGAAUUCUUUAACAUGUCUGAUUCUGCCACGCCCUCGUUGAGUCUCCCAUCUCCUCUGAGCGAGGAGCCACGUACAGUACUGAGCAUAUCGACCACUUUCUAUCCGGGCGCGCCAGAAACCGAGAAAUCGGAUCUAUGGCUAUCGUCGAGCGAUGGAGUAUUCUUUUUUGUUCAACGGAGCCGCCUACUAGAGGGCUCGUCAAAUUUAUUCGGGGGGUUAUUGCUGUCGUUGGAGGAGAAAAGAAAACAGACAAAGGUCGCGCCAUCAGUGCACGAGAGCCCGAUAGCAGAGGACAUAUCGAUCCUUGACCCGACAAUUGAUCUCAACUCGAUAUCCGCAGUUGAAGACACCGUGUUCAAUAUCCCCGAGGCAGACGAGGAUGCACCGCCGGUCAUCCCGCUAUGCGAAGAGGCAGCAUUGUUGAAUAUCAUCUUGCUUAUCAUAUACCGUCUGCCAAUGGAGCGAUAUCGGCCGGAUUUGCAGUUGAUGUGUCGAGCGGCCCCCGCCCUCGUAUCCUAUGGCUACCGUCUCGAGAACCUCAUCUCGCCAGCUUCCGAAGCAUUCCGUCUUCUUAUCGCCCAUUCUAUUACCCAUCCUCUCGUCGUCUACGCCCUUGCUGCAGCCUACAACCUCGACUCAUUGGCCGUAGCCUCGAGCAGGAACACGUUGGGCAUCGAGUUGUCGCAGAUUACCGAUGAUCUAGCCGGCGUUAUGGGUCCGAUAUACCUACGGAGGCUAUUUUUCCUCCAUAUGGGAAGAACAGAUGCCCUCAAACGCUUACUACUCGAGCCACCUGCGGGCCACAUGCCUUUACCUCAGUGCGGUCCCGACGAUCAAAAAUCCCUCACGCGGGCGUGGGCAUUGGCUAUCGCAUACAUGACCGUCGAAGCCAAGCCCAACACCCAUGCUACCAUGAUAAGCUCCGGGUUGAGUGCAUUAGGUGAACAUCUCGAGUGUCAAAAAUGUCGAGCCUGUCUUGAUGAGCGAAUACAGACCAUUGUUCAACAAUGGUCUAUGGUCGGAUCCACUAUAUGA